AUGGUCCAGGCCCAAAACACAGAGAGGCUGAUUAAGGAGCAGUUUAAGAAGCUUCACCAGUUUCUACAAGAGGAAGAGGAGGUCAGGAUCUUUGCUCUGAGGGAUGAAGAGUGGCGGAAGAGUCGGAUGAUAAGGGAGAAGAUUGAGGCUCUGAGCAGAGAGAUAGCAGCUCUUUCAGACACAGUCAGAGCCACAGAGGAGGAGCUGAGAGCUGAAGACAUCUUAUUCAUGCUGAACUACAAGGUUGCAGUGGACAGAGUCCAGCAGCGCCCCCUGCUGGGUGAUCCACAGCUGGUCUCAGGAGCUCUGAUAGAUGAGGCCAAACACCUGGGCAACCUGACCUUCAACAUCUGGAACAAGAUGAAGAAGAUGGUCUCCUACACUCCUGUGAUUCUGGAUCCAAACACUGCUCAUCCAGAACUCAUCCUGUCUGAAGAUCUGACCAGUGUGAGAUGUGGAGUGAAACAGAAGCUUCCUGAAAACCCAGAGAGGUUUGAUUACUACUCUGUCCUGGGCUCUGAGGGCUUUAACUCAGGGACUCACAGCUGGGAAGUUGAGGUUGGCUACAGUACGGCCUGGAUUCUGGGUGUAGCAGCAGAAUCUGUGCAAAGACAGGGAGUCGCAUCUUUUCAAUCUGGAUUAUGGAGAAUAGUGUUUCAUAAAGAUGAAUACUCAGCGUGCUCAAUACCAAGUGUAAACACUGUUCUUUCAGUGAAGAAGAAGCUCCAGAAGAUCAGAGUUAAACUGAACUGGGAUGAAGAAGAGCUGUCAUUCUUUGAUGCUGAUACUGACACACACAUAGUCACCUUCAGACACACUUUCACUGAGAAGUUGUUUCCAUACUUUAACACAAACCAAGAAUUGCCACUGAAGAUAUUACCAGUGAAUGACUCCACGUAA